CUUACUUGUUGGAGCGCGAGUCACUACCAUUGCUUUCUAUGGAAUUGUAAAUAUGCUCUGACGGUUUUUAUUUAUUACUUUUUUUAGUUCACUGGCUUCUUUGUGAAUGCCACCAUGUCGUUGAAAAGACUUACAGACCAAGAAUAUGCUUUAGAAGAAAGGGGAAGGUUUUUCAUUGCAUCUGAAACACAGGGCGAAGAAGACAAUGUCGAUCACCAUGAACUCAUUUUACUAAAGGCUGAUCUUUUGGCGUCGGAAAAUCGCCUCAAAGAGGCUGUGGAUAUGUAUGCAAUGGCUCUCCGGUAUGUUCCUGUCAGGCCGGACCAGCUGAGCGCCUUAGUAGGAUGCGUUUUGCGCAACUUCAAGAAAUUAGAACAAUCUCUUACAAACACCGAGCCGAAUUGGACAAAACAGGACAGUGAAUUUGACUGCCCUGGUUGUUUUACUUUUAUGGGUGAGCCUGUGACUGUGAUCUGUGGACACUCGUAUUGUAAAAGAUGUUUACAGCAAAGCGCUUUUUCCAAAUGUAAACUUUGCAGUGAAGACAUAAGAACGAGGCCUGAGGAACCCCGAGUCAAUGUAAUCUUGAGUGGACUCCUUGAGAAGUGGUUUCCCGAAGACAUCGAAAGAACGAAAUGCAUAGGGAAAGCCGAAAGCUUGUUGAAGACUAAACAAUACGACAAGGCGAUUGCAUUUACGAGUAAAUUAUUAGAAUCUGGCUUCAGUAACGUGUGGGUGUGGGAGUGUCAUGCCGAGGCACACAGAGGACUGAAGCAGUUCCGUGACGCGUUGGAAGACUGGGAAUCUUGUUUGAGGAUUAUCCCAUCUCCAGAGAGAUAUUACCAGAAAGCAAAGGUUUUCCAAGAGAUGGGUCAAGUGGAUGAAUCUCUGCAAGUCUUCCUUCAAUGUUUAGCAUUGGAUGAGAACUUCCACCUGGCCAAACGAGAAGUGGAAUUGAUAUUGCACGAUCUGUUGUCUCCAGCCUGUGAGAAUGUCAAGGUCGGUUUGAGAGAGACCACUCAGAACACUUCCACUCAUUUGCGCAGUAAAACCCUGGUGGCUGCGGGCCAGGACCGAGAGCAGCUGACCGAGCUGCAAGACCAGUGCCAACAUGACACACAAGCAGCAUCCACCCCGCCUCCCCCUAAAACCCCAGAGAGACCAGGUCGAUCUGAAAGACCAGAACGGUCCGGCCUGGGCAGAACUCAUUCCCUUCGUGCUCACGGGCUAAGCAGGGCUGUAGAGGAGGGGCUUAAAAGAGUUUGCUCUGCCCCACAGUUAAGUGACCCAGAAAAAGGGGCACUACUGAAGAGGAAACUCUCUGUGUCAGAACCAGGACCGGGUAUCCCUUACAGCCAUGGCAGUAAAUACAAGAAGCAUGGAGGAACAACAAGCCAUGCUACUCCUGUGGUCACAGAGGAAACGUCUCAUCGAGUUCUGCCACAAGAGCUGCUGGACCCGAAUGAUUUUGAAUGCUCUCUAUGCAUGAGGUUGUUCUAUCAACCUGUCACGACUCCUUGUGGUCACACUUUCUGUAAGACCUGUCUGGAACGCUGUCUGGACCACAACCAGCAAUGUCCUCUCUGUAAAGAAAGUCUCAAAGAGUAUCUUGCCUGUAGAAAGUACACAAUCACACAAGUGCUGGACAACAUCAUUCAAAAGCAUUUAUCCGGGGAACAUCAAGAGAGAAUAAAAUUGCAUACUGAGGAGACAAAAGAGCUUUCAGACUUGACGAAGAAUGUGCCCAUGUUUGUUUGUACCAUGGCCUAUCCCACUGUGCCUUGCCCACUGCAUGUGUUCGAACCACGGUACCGUCUUAUGAUCCGACGCUGCAUGGAAACCGGGACACGGCAGUUCGGCAUGUGCAUCAAUGACCCCCAGAAAGGGUUUGUGGACUACGGCUGCUUGCUUCAGAUCCGCAGUGUGCAUUUCCUCCCAGACGGGCGUUCUGUCGUUGACACCAUUGGAGGGAAGAGGUUUCGUGUGCUUACGCGUGGUAUGAGAGAUGGAUACUGUAUAGCCAACAUUGAGUAUCUGGAGGAUAUGAGGGUAAAUGAUGUGGAGAAACUGGAGAGUCUGCAAGUAUUGCACGAUCAGGUAUACGACCAGGCUCGCAAAUGGUUUCAGAACCUGGAGAACCGUUUCCGGAACCAGAUACUCCAGCAUUUCGGCCCGAUGCCUGAGAGAGAAGCUGACAUCCAGGCCACACCUAACGGUCCCGCAUGCUGUUGGUGGCUCCUAGCUGUUCUUCCUGUGGACCCCCGAUACCAGCUGUCUGUCCUCUCCAUGACAUCUCUAAAAGAACGACUAGUCAAGAUCCAACACAUCCUCACCUACCUGCAGAACAUCCCCAGCGACUAGAGCUUCCACACAUACGCACACACAACUCUUUUUCCAGCUUGGGUGCUGUCCAAUAAAAAACUGAUCAGAUUCCAAGGAAACUGAAACGUGGAUGGGAGUCAGGUGUAAUGCCAAGAGUUUUCCGAAUUAAUUGUUUUUCAAAACAAAAUGAAUUUUCAUAGUCACUUUUUAUUCUAAUCUUACCUCAGAGACAAUUUAGUGUUUAUUUGCUCUCGAAUUCUGGUUCGAGUGUUCGACGACAUCCCUUCCCAAGUAUUUAUCAUAACGGCAGUCAAACAAUCCCACACAUGUCUUUAACGUGAAACUUGAAACUUAAGACAACUUGUAAGGUUAGAUUCCUACUGUUAACGACAGCAUUUAUAGGGUAGAAAUGAUGCUGGAGAGCAUUCCAGCAUUUCAAAUUGAAUCAUGCGUAUUGAACAGAAGCAUCUGCACGGACAAAAUUUUCUGAUUUUCGGGCACCAUUAUUAACAGAAAGCUAAUUUUAUGUAUUUCUUUACUUAAAACUGGAUGAACAAAAGGCGGAAAUGUCUCUUCCAAGCAUCCAACUAAGCUUGGUUUCUAUCCAUUGAGAACGCACACGAGGUCGACAUUGCAGAGCUGCCGAUUGCAUCAGUGUUUCUUUUUCGGCAAUAUAUGAUAAUGUUGCUUGCAAAAGACCUUAGAAAUGAGCACUGCUAUGAUGAUACUGUUUAUUUCUGACAAAUAAAUAUUUUACAGGUGUGGGUCAAUCGCAAAGAAAAUAAAUUUACAAGCGUCUCUUUAUAGGACAAACCAUCUCUCUGUCAAAUCCACUACAGCCUGAAAUUUUUGAGGCACAGUUGUAAAAAUGAUAUAUUGUAAUUGUGUUUGUACAAAAAAAUGCAACGGGGAACUUGCAAUAUUUUAGAUAUUCGAAUGAAACCGCAGACUCUUUCAUUAGAUUACAACCAGCAGCAUCAAGAGUUUCAGCAACAUUCUGACCGCGAGUCAAACUUAUUUUAGCUCUUACCUGUAUGGUGCUUGUGCGAGCACUAACUUUUGCCUUAUUGAUUGCAUUCUGCUCAUGGUAUGAUGCAUCGGCUUGGGUUUUUGCAUUCCUUUUGCCAGAGUAAUAAAUCUGUGAUUUAAUUUACUUCUUAAAAUCCUUUUUGUGUAAAAUAUGUCAAAUAAUGGCUUUGUUGUUUGUAGACGUUUUUACGUCUGUUUGCUUGGAUAUUUAAGUUUUCAAUUUACAAAUUAAAAAUGCACAUCUUUUUCAUUGUA